CACAUCUUCUACCCUUCCCUCUAAUAGCUCUCUAGAUCUUGUGCUGUCAUACCACCAUGGCUUCAAAGACUUGCUUCUCUAUUGUGUUCUUCCUCAUUGCGCUCAUGUUCUUAAGCCACAGCAGGGCUCAUGCAGCUCGCCUGCUGCUGCAAACUCCAGAGGCACCAACCCUGCCCAUGCCCACAUCACCACUGAUGCCGGGGGUGCCAACUCUGCCCAAGCCCAAACUGCCGCCAAUGCCCGGCGUGCCGACUCUUCCAAAGGGAACAUUGCCUCCAAUGCCUAACGUUCCACCUCUUCCAAAGCCAACUUUGCCACCGAUGCCCAACUUGCCGCCUCUUCCAAAGCCGACUUUGCCACCGAUGCCCAGCGUGCCGACUCUUCCGAAGCCCACAUUGCCGCCGAAGCCUGCCGUGCCAGGCAUGCCCAAUGUUGCACUGCCACCAAUGCCAAAACUGCCUCCGAUGCCUUCCAUCCCAAAAGUUCCGUCCAUUCCAAAGAUUCCUGCUCGAUUCCUCAACCCACCCCGGCCCCGUGGCCUUUAAACCAUGAGAGCCAUUUGGAUUGGUGUCGAGUUCGAUUGGUGUAUUAGUAUGAGUGUAUGACAGUAUGACAUAGAGAGUCGUUAUAGAAGCUGGUUGACCUUUUUGAUCGGCUUGGAAUAAUAGCACAGGAUUAUAUAUAUAUAUGUAGUUGUGAGUAUACUUCCAUUGUAUUGUAUGCUUGAGUAUGGAUUUAGUAUCAUCAUAUAAUAAAUGCUUUGAUUUUUAUUAUAA